UUAGCACUGUGAGCCUUUGUAUCAAUUAAACGGGGUCUGCUAAAAACUAUACGAUUCCAAGGUGUCACGUAUUGCACUAGAAUAGUGUAACUUAUAAAGUUUACGGUUACUUGUUUACUGUGAAACAUUAUAUAAUGGAUGAAAGUGAUCAAUCCUCGGAGAUGUCUGAUGUUGAUCCUCAAGCGUUGAUUGAUUCACUCAAGAACAUUGAUGACUUGGACGCAGAUUUGUUUUCUGGAAGUAAAGCAAAAACUGCCAAGAAACCAGAAAAGGUCCCUAGUGUGAAAAGUAGUUUGAAACAACCCACUUUAGAGAAAAAAAAGAAAGUGAGUUUUCACAACAGCACUGAACUGGGAAAAGAUGAUUUUGGGUUUGAUCCGGAUGAUCCACUUGGUGAUCUUCUUCCAGAUGAUGAUGAUGACUUUAUAUUUGAUAGAGAGGAACCAAAGACACUUGUGAGCAAGAAAACAUCAAAAAUUUCAGAACCUCCAAAGGUUGACAAACAGGUGAAAGAGGAAAAACUCUUCGAUGAUAAUGAUGAUGAUAUAUUGGAUGCACUUGGUCUGGAUGAUGAAAAACCAAAGUCAAAGGAAAGGAAACGUCGCGCUCAGCACUUGAUGAUUUGUUGGGCUUUCGUUCAGAAGCAGAGGCUCCAAAAUCAAAGGAAAAGCAAAGAAAUUUACGUUUUGAUAAGGAUGGGAAAUUCAUCAAAGAGAAUUCUUCUGUGAAACAACCAGCCAAACCAGCUGCAACUGAACUUGAUGAUUUACCUUUCGGAGGUUACAUGCCUUCUACGUCAUCUGGUAAAGGACGAAGAUCAAAA